UUGAAAUGAUAGGCGGGUACGCGAACGUGCUGGAAAUUAUCUCAGCAAGUUCUCCAAUGUACACAUAUACACCUGUAUCAACCGAUUUUAGUACGCUACACGUGGAACACACUGCCGGCACGUACUGUUGUAUUGCAUGAAAAUUUUUUACGACGUCCUCUCCACCUAUUAUUGGACUGCUUGACACGGUGUAGUGCUAGCAAUGCCACUGAAAAUCUCGUGUUGUAGAUGAAAUGUACAUAGUAGCUGUGGCUAGACUGGAGUUUUUUCAAACCUAAAUAAUUACGGUUUUUGAAAUAUUUGAAAAAUAUCAAGUGCGCGAAAUCAUGUCAUUGAAUCGAAGAGUGUCCGUUAAAUUAUACCUUUUGAUUCUGCUGAUAUCAGUUCCGGUAAUUAUAUUCUGGAUAUUAGGUAGACACAUUAGCGAGACACGGUCAUGCGAUAAGGAGGUGAGAUUCUCACAUCAUCAGGAAGAGCGACUCGUCGACAGGGCGGCCUCUUCCGUCCACGAGACAAACACCAAGACGAUUUUGUACUGGACGAAGAUGUGGGAAAGCGACAACAUGGAUUUUGGGGAUGGGGAUAUCUUCGCCUCGUGUGCCGUGUGGAAGUGCGUUGCUACGAACAACAGGACAGCUCUGAACGUGCAAGACUUCGACAUGAUCAUCUUCCACGCAUUAGACAUCAAGGCUAAUGACUUGCCGCAGCAAAGGUCCCCCCAUCAGCGCUACGUGUUCCUCAAUUUGGAGACUCAGGUGUUUCACCCAAUCCCGGAUAACCAGAUAUACAGAAACUUCUUCAAUUGGACAAUGACUUAUCGAAGAGACUCGACGCUGAUGAGACCGUACGGUGUUGUUAAAGUGAACGACUUAAUGGAGUACGUUCCUCCUCAUAUUCCAGUUACAUGGAGGAACGUUUCCGAGGGUACCAUUCCCGAGGAAACCCGACGGAAGGUACAGGGAAAAACAAAAAUGGUCUCUUGGUUUGUGUCCAAUUGCUUUACCUCCAGUAAAAGGGAACUCUACGUGCAAGCCUUGAAACAGCACAUACCAGUAGACAUUUUCGGGGACUGUGGAUCCCUUAAGUGUGAUCAAGAGGAAACUGAUUGUUUUGAGAUGGUUGAAAGAGAUUAUUACUUUUAUCUUGCCAUGGAAAAUUCUCUCUGCAGAGACUACAUAACAGAAAAAGCUUUCAAAUUCCUUCAGUAUAAUGUUGUACCUGUCGUCUAUGGAGCAGCCGAUUACGCCAGCGUGUUACCUCCUGGUUCUUACAUUGAUAUACAGGACUUUUCCAGUCCUGAGGCACUGGCCGAUUACCUUUGGGUCGUCAGCCAGAACCCGGAGCGAUAUUUGAACUUUUUUAAGUGGAAAAAUUACUAUAAUGUCGAACUCAGACCCGAACAUUAUACCGUGUGCAAACUUUGUAAAAAAUUGCACGAAGUCGCUCAAUCGCCUAUGAUAAUAGACGAUAUUUACGGUUGGUGGACAACCGAUCAGUGCUUACGUGAGCCUAGUUUCCAAGGAAUUCCAUGAGCUUG